GAGGCAGGAGGGGAGGGGGCUCUCUCAGUCUCCCCUAGGAACCCCUCAGAGGCUCCAGGGUGUUGCAGCAGAGCAUCUUAAGGACAUCUUUGGCCUGAGAGGAGGAAUAACUUUGAUUCAACCUGUGCCUUCAUUGGAGAAAACAAAACACAAAACAUAGAUGGAUAAACCAGAUUCAUCUGGUCCUGAUGGCCUCAGUGCAGAGAGCAGUGGAGGAGUCUGGGAGAGGACAGUCCAGAGGACACGGAGUGAGGAACUUACCAGCUCAGACACACAAUGCCAGCGCUUCAGGCAGCUGUCCUACAAGGAGGGCAAGGGGCCCCGGGAGGUUUGCAGCCAACUCUACCAUCUCUGCCAUCAGUGGCUGAAGCCAGACCAACAUACAAAAAAUGAGAUCCUGGACCUGGUGAUCUUGGAGCAGUUCCUGACCAUUUUGCCCUCGGAGGUGGAGAACUGGGUCAGGGAAUGUGGGGCAGAGACCUGUUCCCAGGCGGUGGCUCUGGCAGAGGGUUUCCUCUUGAGUCGGGCAGAGGCAGAGAAGAAGCAGAAAGAGCAGCAGGUGAGAGCAUUUCCUCCUGGUGUAAAGGUCAAGAAUCUCUUGGUAGAAGUUAAGCCUGAAUUUCCUGUGGAUGAGAAAGCUCCAUUGCAUCCCAGGCAGAGUCCCCAAUGGAGGGUGAUCAAGGAGGAGUUUGAUGGAGGAGCCUCAUUACAAGAAGCUGGAAUGAUGCCAUCAACAAGGACUCGGUUGUCUCUUCCUCUUUGCAAUGGACCAGAAUCAGAUCAGGUGACUUUUGAGGAUUUCACAGAGUAUUCUGUGUAUUUCACAGAGUUGGAAUGGAACCUGCUGGAUGAGAACCAAAGAUCAUUGUACAUGGAGGUCAUGAUGGAAAACUACGAGAAUAUGUCUGCCUUAGGAGAUUACGGGAAGAAGAUGAAUGUAUGCACUGAUUUGCAUCUUAUGAGCUGCAUACCAAGGCAAGCAUACAGGUGGCAAGACCAAAGGAAAUGCUUUGUUUAUGAUUCACACCUUCUGAUCACCACAAGACCCCAAACAAGAAAGAAACCAUACAAAUGCCAGGAGUGUGAGAAAAGUUUUGCUUACCGUUCAAAACUUGCAAUUCAUCAUACAGUCCAUACAGGAGAGAAACCAUACAAAUGCCAGCAGUGUGGAAAAUGUUUUACUCAGAAGUCAGACGUUACUAAGCAUCAAAGACUCCACACUGGAGAGAAACCACACAAAUGUCAGCACUGUGGAAAAUGUUUUGCUCAGAAGUCAGUUCUUUUGACGCAUCAAAGAGCUCACACAGGAGAGAAGCCACACAGAUGCCAGCAGUGUGGGAAAUGUUUUGCUUUCCUUUCAGGCCUUUUGAAGCAUCAGAGAGUCCACACAGGAGACAAACCAUACAGUUGCCAGCAAUGCGGGAGAUGUUUUUCUGCCAAGUCUACCCUUAUGACUCACGAGAGAAUCCACACAGGUGAGAAACCAUACAAAUGCCAGCAGUGUGGGAAAUGUUUUACUCAGAAGUCAGACCUUUCAAAGCAUCAAAGAGUCCACACUGGAGAGAAACCAUACAAAUGUCAGCACUGUGGGAACUGUUUUGCUCACAAGUCAGUCCUUUUGACCCAUCAAAGAGCCCACACAGGAGAGAAGCCAUACACAUGCCACCAGUGUGGGAAAUGUUUUACACAGAAGUCACAUGUUGUAUCCCAUUGGAGAGUCCACACAGAAGAGAAACCGUACAAAUGCCAGCAGUGUGGAAAAUGUUUUUCUCAGAAGUCAUACCUUCAGGGUCACCUGAGAGGCCACAAAGGAGUGAAACCAUACAAAUGCCAGUGGUGUGAAAAAUGUUUUGUUUUCAGCUCAAACCUAUCAAAGCAUCAAAGAGUCCACAAUGGAAAGAAACCAUACAAAUGCCAGCAGUGUGGAAAAUGUUUUGCUGUCAUGUCAAUCCUUUUGAGGCAUCAGAGAGUCCACACAGGAGAGAAACCAUAUAAAUGCCAGCAGUGUGGGUAUGGUUUUGCGUACAAGUCAGCUGUUGCGAGGCACCAGGCAGUCCACACAGGAGAGAAACCAUACAAAUGCCAGCACUGUGGGAAAUGCUUUUCUCGGAAUUCACACCUUUCAAGUCAUCAGAGAGUCCACACUAGAGAGAAAACAUCCUAAGGCCAGUGGUAUGGGAAAUGUUUUCUUUGUGAAAGAAACCAUCAUACAUUUAAAUUGUGUCUUGUGACACUUUAUUAUGAUCUAAUUUGCUGAUAUUUCUGCUUCAAAGCUUGUAAAUUUAAUGCAUCUUACAUUUCGGCUUUUAGCUGCCACUGAAGGGGGUGUGUCAGGUUCCUUACCGCUCACUGGGUGAGAUGUUCUUGUUUUUGUUAUUUUUCUGCAGGAAUCAUAGAAUUAUAGAGUUGGAAGUGACUACAAGGGCUAUCCAGUCCAACCCCCCUGCCAUGCAGGAAAUCACAAUCAAAACAU